AGCAAGAACGAACGACUAACGCAUUCCCCUUCCUGUGCCCCCAGGUCAGCGAGGAGUGCAAGACGCUGAAACACACGCUCACGCAGGUGGAGACGGACUGGUCGUCGGCCAAGGUUCAAGUCGGGAGCUUACAGGGCAAAGUCGGCACCCUGGAGUCUGUACUUCGGCUGGACGAUGUAUACGGGCUGUCAGAUGGUCCGCGAGCCAGGGGGGGCAGCUCCCUCGAAAGCCGUCCUGAUCCAAAUGAAAGAAGCUGCGGACAAGCGGCGGGAACUCGAACGGCAGCAUGCGGAGGCGCUGGCACAGCUGCGGGAGCGCCAGUCGGCCAUCUCGGACACCAGCAGGUACAACGACAAGGACAGGAAGGCUUCGGUGGAGGUCAUCGAGGCGCUGCAGUCCAAGAUCCGCGAACUCGAGAAGAAGGCCGAGGCGCAGAACCUCCGGCAUGAGGAGCUCCUGCUGGAGAUGCAGAGCCUGAAGAAGGCCCAGGGCUCCCCCAAGAACUCGUGGUCGAGGUCGGGGUCUCUCAGCGCCGACCUCCAGAGCCCCGACUCCGGUGACGUCACGCCGGAUUCCAGUCAAAUUUUGUCCAAUGGUAGCACGGCCCGGUCGACACCAGUACCACCCUCCGGGAUGGGCAUGAGUCUGCCCCACGGCCUAGAUGUGUUCGGUUUGGUCGAUCUUCCCGAUUCUCUCUUGGUCCACCAACCCCCUCUGUCCACGUCACCCCUCGCUGGCCAAUCAGGCCUAACCUCCCUCAACUCGCUCUCGUCCUCGGGCGUGUACACGACCAACACCUCCUCCUCCUUGGUGGCCUCGGGCGUGGGCGGCGGGGGCGGCGGUGUUGGCGUAGGAAGUGGCCUGGGCGGUUUCCCCAAUGCCUCGCCGCUCACGGGGUCCGCCAACCUCGAAAAUGCAGCCACGGAGAUUGAUCGCAUUAUGGCCAAAAUCGAGCAGGAUAAUAAGAUUCUCGCUGAGCUCGAGAAGUCGCGGUCGACCAUAGGGUUGAGCACGACCUCGACCGGAGUGACUUCCCUCAAGACGAGCGACUUGAUCACCUCUCUGGGCCUCGCCUCUCGCACCAUGGCGGGCAUCACGCCCUCCUCCUUCGCCAUGGCCGGCACGGGCAUGACCUCCCUCACCGGGGCGGUCACCACCACCGUCUCGGCAAUGGACCUCUCCAACCCCAUAGUGAACCCCUUAGGUAAUAACCCCCUGGGCAGCAACCCCUUAGGGAACAACCCCCUCGGCCUGAUGGACCCGACGCUGGCCUCGCAUAUGGGCGGCGCCAACCCCAGCCUGGGCCUGACCUCCCUCGGCGGCCUCACCGGGACCAACCUCCUGGGGGGCACCUCCCUGCCAGGCGUCUCCCUGCACAGCACAAACCCUCUCUCCGUGACCAACCCUGCCAGCCUGUCGGCGGGCCUCACCGGCGUGGGCGUGGUGGGCACGGGCGUGGGCAUGGCAGGAGGGGGCAUCAGCAACCCAGUGUUCACCAGCGUCAACCCACUGCCCACCAUCAUCACCACGAGCUAUGACAAGGACGACAAGAACCUGGUGAACGGCAACAUCCCGGGAGUGCUGAUGCCACAGUAUGAAACCGACAACAGAGUGCUGGAUGUCCUCGAGAUCCCGGGGAAAGGGCGGUGCCACGUCUAUAUUGCCAGAUACUCGUAUGACCCAUUCCAACACUCCCCCAACGAGAACCCCGAAGCUGAGCUGGCGGUGAAUGCUGGGGACUACGUGCUGGUGUGGGGCGCCAUGGAUGAGGUAGCACCAAGGACCAUUGAUGGAUUCUUUGAUGGUGAACUGCUGGAUGGAAGGCGAGGGCUCGUUCCUUCCAAUUUCGUGGAGAAGCUCGUCGGUGAAGACCUGAUCGAGUUCCAUCAGUCUGUGGUCAUGGGUCUGCGAGAUGGUGAUGAAUCCAUGUCCACCUCAGUGCCACAGGACCUCGACUUCAUUUCACAAGACGAGUCGCAGUUGAUAGAGUUGGCUGCCAACCAGACAAGACACAAUGCUUACACCAGCUACAUAGAUCUUGAAGAUAUCAUUGAGGAGGAAGAGGAAACUUUGGGAGAGCAUGAGAGACGACUCCUAGUUCAAGGCAAGCUGCUUAGUAGGCCUGAAAGUAAGUCGAAACGGAACACAUAACCAAAAAAUAAAAGAUAAAAAACCUGAGC